CUCGAUUCCUUACAAUCAGGAAAGGUGAGAAUGGACCGCCGGAUUGUCAUUCUGCUGGCGGUGACGGUUGCCCUUAAUGGGGCAACGUCGAAAAAACCAAAGAGAAGAGAUGCUGCUGCUGAUUGUGGUGGAAACAACGAUGUUGUAUUCGUAGUAGACUCAUCCGGCAAUGUCGGGAAAGACAAUUUUAACAAAGAAAUUGACUUUGUCAAACAAACUGUAAAUCAUUGGAAUGUUGGUCCAACGGGAAUGCAGGUUGGUCUGGUAACUUUCGGAGACACGGCCCAAAACCAGUUCUAUCCCAAUACUUAUUCUAGCCAAGCGGACGUUCUCAACGCCCUGGGUAGCGCCAAAUUCAUUGGUGGUAAGGCCAACACUGCCGAGGCUAUUAAAAUCGCCUAUGAGAACUCAUUUAAUCCUCUGAGAGGCGGCAGGAGUAAAUCCCCGCACACCAUCAUUCUGGUGACAAACAGCGCCUCCAGUGCCAAGGACCUUACCCUUCUGGAAAGCAAGAACGCCAAGGACAAUGGCGACGUCAUAUACACAGUCGGUAUCGGUGGUGCAGUGGACGCUAGUGAGUUGUCGCAAGUGUCCAGCGACCCAGAUUCAAGAUAUGUCUUCAAAGCAGACAGCUUCCAGUCUCUGAAUGGCAUUGCAGAUUAUCUCGCCCUCAAAGCAUGUAAUGAGCUUCCAACUGAUCCGAAUUUCCUGCCUACACCAACUAGUUGUCUGAACAAGGCCGACCUGGUUUUCAUGUUAGACUCCUCGUCCAGCGUGGGCUCGGCCAACUUUCAGAAGCUCGAGGGUUUCCUCAAGGACUUCGUCAAGACCGUCAACGUUGGCCCUGAUGCCGUCCACGUCGGCGUAGCUCAGUUCAGCAGUUACCCAUCCCUGGAUGUUUCUCUCAACAAGUACACCAACAGACCAGAUCUGCUCAAGGCCAUUGGUAACAUCAACUACCUCGGUGGAGGCACCAACACCGCCGACGCCAUCAAGUUCGUGAGGGAAAAUAUAUUCGCUACUGGUGCCAGAACCGGUGUCCCUCACAUAGGAAUCCUGGUCACUGAUGGUCAAUCCUCCAGUACUGUACAGACGACGUCAGAGUCCAACAAAGCCCACCAGAGCGGAAUUGGGGUCAUCUCCGUCGGCGUCGGCCCUGCCGUUGACCGAUUGGAGUUGAAUGCCGUCGCCAGCGACCCCGACAGCCAGAACGUCUUCACCGUUAACAACUACGACCAGCUCAACACCAUCGUCAACCAAGUCAUGGGCGCUACGUGCAAAGUUCAACCAGGGUCAUCGAGUAGCGCUUCCCUGGGGCCAGACACGUGCACGGACCUGAAGAGCAACUGUCCCCAGUAUGGCCGGGAUGUUUGCAUACAGUAUAAAGACUGGUCCAAAACCAACUGCAAGAAGUUCUGCGGAUACUGUCCAUCGUCCCUCACGACGACUCCCGCCCCUUGCAAGGACGCCCUGGCCAACUGUCCCAGCUACGGACCCAACGUGUGCACCAACUACCGGCCUUGGGCGGAAACCAACUGCCGACUCUACUGUGGCAUGUGUGUCAGUGGUGCCUCUACAAUGGGAUUUUACGGCAAGUGCUACUACAAAGGGAAUGCGUACGCACAUGGCGAGAAAUGGGCAGAUGGAUGCGCCUACGAGUGCACUUGCACUGAUGGAAAUGCUGGAAAAUAUCAGUGUUAUAACAAAUGCCCCGUGUACUACAACCUACCCACUGGCUGUACACUGGUGAAGAAGUCAGGAGAAUGUUGUCUGCAGCCCGUCUGCAACUUUAACCCAGCCAUCAACUCGUUCUCAGGAUCUGGCUCAGGCACCAAGAAUGGAAUAAGCGUGUGCGUCUUCAAAACCAAGUCCUACUACCAGGGACAACAGUGGGAGGACGGAUGCACCUCCACCUGCACCUGCACUGACGCCAUCACCGGCGCCUACACCUGCUCGGAUCUAUGCGGAACGUACAAAAAUCUGCCCAGCAUCUGUCAGUUGCAGCAGACCCCGGGGAAGUGUUGCCAGACUCCGGUCUGUGAGUUCAGUCAACAGCAAGGCAGUUUCACGGGGUACGGCUCGGUCAGCGGUCACGGUACUGGAAUGACCGCCACUGCAGCACCCCCCUGCACGGACACUCUGGACAACUGCGCCUCGUAUGGACGUUCUGUGUGCAAGUCUUUCAUCGGCUGGUCUCAGAGCAACUGCAGAAAGUACUGCAACCUCUGCAAUGAUGGUCAAGUUAUCGCCGGCGCUAAUGAUCACUGUCUGUACAACGGUCACACCUACACACAGGGCCAGAACUGGAAGGUGUCCUGUGACCAGGAGUGUGUCUGUGAGAACGCCGUCUAUGGCUACUACAGGUGUCUCAGCACGUGCCCCACCUACAACAACCUGCCGUCUGGCUGCACUGUUUCUAAACAGGCUGGUCAGUGCUGUCCGAGUGUACAGUGCAGUGCCGGGACCUUCGUCUCCUCCUCCACCAACCUCAACAAUAUCGGUAAUGGCGGCAUGAUCUGGACCGGAACCGGAACUGGAACUGGAACCGGAACCGGAAGUGGCUCUGGUGGUUACGUCGCACCGACCCUUCCCUCUGGAGCAAAAGCUCAACCAGGAACUGGCGGAACUGGAUACCAGGCGCCAAAACUCAACGGCUGUCUGUACAACGGCGGGGUCUACGCCCUCCAUCAGCGGUGGAACGACGGCUGCAGCAAGUCCUGCGUGUGUUCCGACGACACAACUGGCCUCUACAACUGUAGGCCGAGAUGUCCGACCUACGCAAGCAUGCCCGCCGCCUGCACCCUUGUGGCCGACCCCAACGACUCUUGCUGCCUGAUCCCCCACUGUACGGGUGCUGUGGCCGGCUACGUUGCUGUCCCGUCGUUUGGUCAAGCUGUGCAAGGCCACGGGGCUGUCCAGCCUCCAAGUACAGGCGACCUAUGGAAGGGAGUGGGUGGCUACACCAUCGUCCAGUUGGGACCCACCGUCCCCGCGCCCACCGGGGGAGUCGAUGUCUUUGGUGGAAUUGGCUACUGCAUGUAUAAAGGCAAGCAGUACCUCCCUGGACAGACGUGGGAGGACGGUUGCGACUACAACUGUGUCUGCGACGACGCCACAUACGGCCACUACAAAUGUGUCGAGAAGUGCAUCCACUACUCAAACCUCCCGGAACCGUUCUGUCGCCUCGUCCCCGACCCUGCUAACGCCUGCUGUAAGAUCCCCCAGUGCAACUUCACCGGACCCUACCAGGGCUUCACGGGUUACGCCUCUUUCUCCCCCAACACGCAACCCCAGGAAACGACCACGCCCCUCCCUACCCCAGGACUGCCGUUCUGCGUCUACAAGGGUAAACACUACAACAAGGGCCAGCAGUGGUACGAUGGCUGCAGCUACAAAUGCAGUUGUGAUGACUCCCAGAACAACAAAUACACGUGUCUCAGUAGAUGCCCAGAGUACAAGGAUGUAGCCCCUGGGUGCAAGGAGGUUCCUGACCCCCGGGACCCUACGUGCUGUAGGAUGCCGCAGUGUGCCCCCUCCGUUGCCGGGACCCCCACCGCCGGUACUGGGCUUGUUCCCGUCCUUCCUACUGUCCCCGCAGGGUCAGUUACAGGGACCGGUACCCAGACCUCUGGGGGUACCGCUAUAGGCUACUGUGAGUACAAGGGUACGCAGUACAAGAAGGGAGCUCGAUGGGAGGACGGCUGCGACUACAACUGCGUGUGCGAGAACGCCGACACAGGCAACUACCGCUGUACUGAGAAAUGUCCACGAUACGCCAACCUCCCCUCCGCUUGCCACCUCAUCACCGACUUCGCCAACCCCUGCUGCCAGGCCCCACGGUGCAACUUCGGCAGCAGUGGUAGCGGUGUGACCGGGUUCCAGACCCCUCCUUCCGGCGUCAGCCCCUCCCCUGGGAGUCUGGCCACGCCCUCCCCAGGUACAUGUGAUUACAAACGAGUGCAGUAUGUCCAAGGUCAAGUCUGGACGGAUGGUUGUGAUUUCAAAUGUCGCUGUGACAACUCCGCCAAGGGUAUCUACACCUGUUCUGAUAGAUGUCCCAAAUAUGACAAUCUCCCUGGAUCCUGCACACUGGUCACCGACCCUAAGGACUCCUGUUGCUUGACGCCUGUCUGCACUGUCCAGCCGGGCACACCUUCCCCAAUCGGUACCCCCACCCCCGGGCCUGGCGUCUCACCCCCACAAGGACACACACCUCAGCCCGGCUCUGGUUCCACCCCAGGAGUCAAUCCAACACCUUACCCAGUCCCGACCGCUGUCCCGGGCAAGAUCGUAGGUCACAUCAACGUGCCUAACCCUACCCCCGGCCCUGGCGGCUUGAUCCCAAGCCCAGUGACCAUCAGACACUGCGAGUACAAGGGAAGCCAGUACAAUCAAGGGCAGACGUGGAGGGACGGGUGUGACUACAACUGUCAGUGUACAGAUUCUCUGUCAGGAAAAUACGAGUGUACAGAGCUCUGUCCACGGUUCGUGCAUCUGCCAGCCUACUGCACCCUCGUCAAGGACCCCGCCAACCCCUGCUGUCAGGUACCCGAGUGUACCCAGGUCCCCGGUACCGCGCAGCCCACCCCUGCUGGACAGACACCCGUCCCAGGGGUGACGUUCACCCCAGUACCCGGCUACUCCCCCUCCCCUGGAGCCACGCCUAACGUGGGACCAGGCGUCACCCCAACACCUAAAGACGUGUGUGUGUACAAGGGCAAGUCUUACACACAGGGCCAGUCUUGGUUUGACGGGUGUGACUACAAGUGCGAGUGUGAAAACGGGGCAGAGGGAGUCUACAGAUGCAACAACAGGUGCCCGUCAUACAACAGCCUCCCGCCCCAGUGCACCUUGACCGCUGACCCGCAGGACCCAUUCUGCUGCAAACUGCCCCACUGUCACUUCGACGCCUCGCAGACCAACACCACCGGCUACGGUCUCAUUCCAACUCUGCCCCCUGGCUCCGUGUCAGGAGGAAAGGCCACCCCAGCCCCUAAUCCUUACGGCAGCCCCACCCCAGGUCCUGUAGUCACCCCCUACCCAGGCUAUACCGGUACCCCCGGGAUUUACCCAACACCAGGCCCUGGUGCUACUCAAGCACCAGACCUGAAAAACGUGUGCGUGUACAAGGGCAAGACAUACACACAGGGACAGAGAUGGCAAGAUGGCUGCGACUUUGACUGUGUGUGCCUCAACAGCUUGACAGGAGCUUACAAAUGUACAGAAAAAUGUCAGCGUUACCCCAGCCUCCCCCCUCAGUGCCAGAUGGUCCAAGACUACCUCAACCCCUGCUGUAAGAAGCCCUACUGUGACUUCAGACCAACCACCACCCUGUUCCCACCCACAUAUCUGCCGGGACAUUCCCCCACCCCUCACACCGGAGGCACCCCUACACCUCAGGCUCCUACACCCACUGGUGUGUGUAUAUAUAACGGUGUGCCCUUCAAGCAAGGCGACUCCUGGAAUGACGGCUGCGACCUCCAGUGCAGCUGCGAAGACGCCAAGUCCGGCUACUACAGGUGUAAUCACAGGUGCCUGAAGUAUGACAACAUCCCUGCCACCUGCAGCCUGCAGACUGACCCCCGGGACAGCUGCUGCAAGGUGCCUUUCUGCGCCCCUGCCAUACAGUCGACCCCCGCACCACACCCCAACACCCCCAGCCCUCUGCCUGGUGUUUCAACUCCGUCGCCAAUGCCCGGGGUGUCUCCAACAUUUGGGCCUGGCUUCUCGCCCAACCCCAGCCCGGGGGUCAACCCCACCCCCAAUCCAUACCCUGUCCCUACAGCUAUCCCUGGGAUUUUGACUGGCAAUGGCGUGAAACCAAAUCAGAACCCUACUGACAACACAACAAUGGGCUGCUUCUACAAGGGCCUGCUCCACAAGCAGGGUGACAAGUGGAUCGACGGAUGUGAGUUCAACUGCGAGUGUGUGGACGCCAAGAGAAGCCGCUACCAGUGUCUGGAGAGGUGCCCUGCAUAUAACAACGUGCCAGCCUAUUGCAUGUUGGUGCCCGACCCCAAGGAUGCGUGCUGCAAGAUUCCGUCUUGUCUCCCCCCACCCAAUAUGAAGUCAACGACCCCCGCACCCCUUCCUGGCGUGUCACACAACACGCAGGGAACUCCUCAACCCGUCGUCACCCUGGCCCCGGGACAGACUUACCCCGCGGGCGUGUCUCCCCCUGUGGGUUUCACCCCAGGACCAGCAACCCCUGUGCCCCAACCUAGAGAGGUUUGCACAUACAAGGGCGUGUCGUACACACAGGGCCAGCAAUUCUAUGACGGCUGUGACAAGGUCUGUGUUUGUGAGAAUGGGAAAACCGGAUUCUACAGAUGCUCAGACAGAUGCACACAGUUCACGAACAUCCCCUCUACGUGCACCCUGGUCGCUGACCCACGGGACCCUGGGUGCUGCCAAGUACCACAGUGUAUCCCCUCCCCAGGUCAACCUGGUUACUCGACCCCCAAGCCCGGCGCUCAACCAACCAUCGUCACCAACAUUCCUGGGUUUGUGACGGGCAAGGCGCCUGUCCCAGGCCCCACCCCCGGGCCUGACGGGAAGAUUCCAACACCUGGCCCAGACGGAAAGUACCCCACCCCUGGCCCGGGAAUGACACCCGCCCCAAGAAGUGGGUGUGACUACAAGGGUACGGUGUACGUGGAGGGUCAGAAGUGGCAGGAUGGCUGCAAGUACAGCUGUGUCUGUGACGACGGCAAGACGGGAAAAUACACCUGCAAUGAAAGGUGCCCCUCCUACCCCAUGUUGCCCCCUCAGUGUACUUUGGCAACGGAUCCUAAAGACUACUGCUGUUAUAUAUCGGUGUGUGACUUUAACAAGCCCAUCGCUACACCAGGACCCCAGCCAAACCCAUUUGCCACCCCUAAACCCAACUAUCAGACACCCUAUCCCGGAGGAACCUACCCCCCAGGGUAUACUCCGCCCACCUUCGCCCCAGGGGUCAGUCCACCCAUCCCUGGGACGCCCUACCCAGGAGGAACCUUCCCUCCAGGAUUUACUCCAGGCAUGAUUUACCCCCCAGGGAUCAGUCCACCCAACCCUAACACGCCGUACCCAGGAGGAACCUACCCCCCAGGGUACACUCAACCCACCUACGCCUCUGGGGUCAGUCCACCCAUUCCUCUGACACCCUACCCAGGAGGCACCUAUCCCCCGGGAUUUACUCCAGGCCUCCCUUACCACAACGGGGUCAGUCCAGCCAUCCCUAACACGCCGUACCCAGGAGGAACCUAUCCCCCAGGGUAUACUCCACCCACCUACGCCGCAGGUGUCAGUCCACCCAUCCCCAGGACGCCCUACCCAGGGGGAACCUUCCCUCCGGGAUAUUCUCCAGGCAUACCAGUCCAGCCUAGCCCUAUACCAACAAUCCCACCAAAUCCUCUUGCCUUCUGUGUAUACAAGGGAGUACCCUACCGCCAAGGUCAGUCCUGGCAAGAUGGCUGCACCAAGAAAUGCCGUUGCGAGGACGCCAUGAACAAUUUCUACACCUGUUUCGACAGAUGUCCAUCUUAUAACCUGAAGGAUGGAUGUUCCCUGGUAACUGACCCCUCGGACCCCUGCUGCCAGGUCCCCAAGUGCAGCUACAUCCCCACCCCCAUGCCGGGCGUCAGCCCCGCCCCUGGUUCUACUGCCACACCCAAGCCUGGAGUCAACCCCACCCUAGGCCCUGGAAUGACCCCCUACCCUAACCCUUCACCCCUCCCCACUGCCAUCCCGGGUCACAUCAGUGGACAUAAUCCGGUGGACGCCAAGCUCAACCCCACCGGCAAAGAGAACUUCUGCCUGUACAAGGGCCAGAUCUUCAAGCAAGGACAACAGUGGGAAGACGGCUGUGACUUCCAUUGUGUAUGUGUGGACCAGUCCACGGGGAAAUACGACUGCACAGAAAAAUGCGGGAAGUACGUGAACAUCCCUCCCUACUGUGUGAUGGUUCAGGACCCCAGCAACACAUGCUGCAAGGUGCCAAGCUGCGCCGGACCCCUGAAUCCUGUCAACACCCCCGCCCCACAGCCAACGCCCAGUCCGGGAGCCACCUACCCACCCGGAGUAUCACCAACUGUACCCGCUGGCGUCUCCCCCGGGAUCGGCGGCACCCCCAUACCCAACCCAAACGUUACUCCCGGGAACCCCAUACCUAAAGACGUGUGUGUCUUCCAAGGCAAGGCGUACACCCAGGGGCAGCAGUGGUACCAGGGGUGUGACAGGGUGUGUGUCUGUGAUGAUGCCCACACCGGCCUCUACUCCUGCAAUGCCAGGUGUCCGACAUACACCAACAUGGCGCCGACCUGUGUAAUGGUGCCCGACCCACAAGACCCCAUCUGUUGUAAGGCACCAAAGUGUGACAACGGCAACGGCAACAGCACCACCGGGGUGAUCGGUACCAUUACUGGUAACGGCCUGCCACCCACCCCCAGGCCUGGACCCACCUACCUCCCGGGCCAGUCCCCGUCCCCCGGCACAGGGGUCACACCCAGCCCGGGUAGCCAAGUCACCCCCACGCCACCAAAGGUGUGUGUAUACAAGGGUGUUUCGUAUAACGAAGGUCAGAAGUGGCAGGACGGCUGUGACUUUGACUGUGUUUGUCUGGAUGGUACAACAGGCAACUACAAAUGUACUGACAGAUGUCCGAGGUACCCCAACCUCCCUGUGACCUGCGUUCUGGCUUACGACCCUGUCAACCCCUGCUGUAAGAAGGCACUGUGCGGUGACCAGGUGCCCACCCCCGGGCCGGGAGUCUCCACCCCUAAACCUGCCACCAUCGUCAACCCCACCCUCUACCCUGGACAAGUGCCCACACCUCAGUUCUGCAUCUACAACGGCGUGCCAUUCAGGCAGGGUCAGAAGUGGAAUGAGGGCUGCGACAAGGUGUGUCGCUGUGAAGACGCUGCCACAAAACAGGUCAACUGUGACGAUAGGUGUCCCGCGUUCCCCUCCAUCCCCUCCGGAUGUUCCCUGGCCACCGACCCCAACGACAAGUGCUGCCACAUCAUCAACUGUGCCAUGAACCCCGGCCAACCAGGCACCAGCAUCACCGGAGUUCCGGGCGUCAUCACUGGACAUGGCCUCCCCUCCACCAGCCUUAACCCAUACAUCACCGGAACCCGGGACGUGUGUAUAUACAACGGGAAGACGUACAAGCAGGGGGAGACCUGGAACGACGGCUGCACCUACAACUGCGUCUGCAUCGACGCCAACAGCGGCAAAUAUCAGUGUACAGAGAAAUGCCCACGGUAUCCUCCACUGCCAUCAACAUGCACAAUGGUUCAGGACAAGACCAACGUUUGCUGCAUGAAGCCCUAUUGCCCUGACCGCGUCCCAACCCCCGGACCCAAUCUGACGCCAGCCCCCGGAGUCUCGACCCCAAAGCCAGGAGUAUCUACCCCAACCCCCGGGCCGGGUGUGUCACCCUCAGCUGGUUCACAUACCCCCUCGAUUGGAGGAACACCCACCCCUGUCGACAUGUGCGUGUACAAGGGUCAGCAGUACAAGCAGGGCCAGAUGUGGUAUGACGGAUGUAACGCCAAGUGCCGCUGUGAGGAUGCCAAGAAUAACUUCCACAGGUGCCAACAGAGGUGCGCCGCCUUCACAAGCGUUCCUGCUUCUUGCACCCUGGUGCCCGACCCGAAGGAUCCCAUGUGCUGCGAGGUCCCCAGCUGUCCCCUCCCCACACCAGCACCAGGCGUCUACCCUACCCCAGGCUUCCUGACAGUCACGGGGGGACCCACGGGGGUCAUCACAGGCAACGGUCUGAUCCCAACCCCUAAACCAGGCCAACCACCACUACAGCCAGGAGUGACGCCAUCCCCAUACCCAUUCGUGUCCCCUGGGGUAGCGGUCACGCCCUCCCCCGGUAGCGCUGUCACGCCACUACCCAAGACAGGUUGCUACUACAAGAACCAUGUUUACAAGAAGGGACAGUCUUGGGCCGAUGGCUGCGACUUUAACUGCAUCUGCCUCGACGAUGUCACCGGCAAAUAUAAGUGUAGUGAGAAAUGUCAGAAGUUCCCCACCCUGCCGACGCAAUGUGUGCUGAUCCAGGACCCCAGCGACAAGUGCUGCAAGAAGCCCUACUGUGACUUCAUGAACCCCACCCCCUUCCCAGGCGGUGUCCCCACCCCUGCUGGUGUGGCCACACCCACACCUGUCCCAGGCAUCAACCCUAACGCUUCACCAUCUUCAGCAAGCAUGACCGGGAAUGGCAAUGUUAUAUUUGGCAAACGAGGCUACUGUGUGUACCAAGGCGUGUAUUAUAACCAGGGACAGGAGUGGAACAUUGGGUGCUCCAAGACCUGCCGCUGUGAGGACGUGUCCACCGGCUACUACUCGUGCCACGAGAGGUGCCCCAGCUACGACAACGUCCCCUCCACCUGCCACCUGAUAGCCAGCCCCACCGACCCCUGCUGCCUGGUGCCUGAAUGUAACAAGUUCCCUCCCGUGGGGUACUCCACCAACCCCGCCAUCGUCGGCACCGGCUCCCCGGGGGUCAGCCCAGGAGUGUCGUACCCCAACAUCUCCGGCAUUUACCUCCCCACCAACAUCCCCGGGACCAUCACCGGCAUCAGCGGUAGCAACAACAACUACAACCCACAGUAUGGUGUGAUCGGAUCCGGAAUAAGAACUGUGUGCGUCUACAAAGGACACAUCUACAGCCAGGGCCAGACGUGGAACGACGGCUGCAACUACAAGUGUGAGUGUAUUGACGCCGCCAGAGGGCAGUACAGAUGCUCGGAAAGAUGUCCAAAGUACUAUGGCCUCCCCCCACAAUGUAAGCUGAGUGUCGACCCCGCAGACACCUGCUGUGAGAAGGCCAUCUGUGACUUCACACCCACCCUCAAACCAGGGAUGUCGACUACGACACCAGCACCAACACCUAAAGUUACCGCAGGCGUCGCCAUUGGGAAGUGCGUGUACACGGAUGGGUCUAUCCACAACCAGGGCGACAUCUGGAGUGACGGCUGCGACUUUGACUGCAAGUGCAACGAUGCCAGCAAAAACAUCUACAAAUGUACCCAGAAGUGCCAGGCGUACUCCAGUCUGCCCAAGUACUGCCACCUCCAGCCCGACCCCGCGGACAAAUGCUGCGAGGCCCCAGUUUGUACGGGUGGGGUUAACGCCCUCUCCGGCAACAGCAAGCCAACCGCUUCCCCCACGCUGGACCCCACAAUCCAGAACAUCGUCCCACUCGGCACCCACACCAUCUUCACGGGGACGAGCCAAGUCAGUGCCAUCCCCGGGAUGCAGCAUACGGUUGGCGGGAGAAGCGUGUGCGUUUACGAUGGCAAGACGUACACCCAAGGUCAGUCAUGGGAUGACGGUUGUAAGUACGUCUGUACUUGCAACGACGCCAACGCUGGACGCUACCAGUGCACGUCAAAAUGCCCCAACUUCCCUCCCCUGCCAAACUACUGUAAGAUGGUAAGCAUCCCAGGCCAGUGUUGUCCCAGCCUCACCUGUAAUGUGCCAGGCAAGGGAACGUACGUCCCUGUUCCCCAACUGGUCCCAAGCCUCCCACCAACUCCCGACUCCCUCGGCAACACCCCUACACCAUCAACGGGUGCACAACAGCUUCUAGUGGGACCUGCUGGAGGCAGCGUCUUCGGUGGCGUCAACCUCCCCGGUGCGGGAGCAACUGUACCUCCUGGACAAACUAUCACUGGACUGAGAGGCGUCUGUGUCUACAACAAGCAGAUGUACCACCAGGGUGAGAAGUGGCAGGAUGGCUGCACCUACGACUGUGAGUGUCUCGACGCCAGGUCUGGAUACUAUUCCUGCAAACCCAUGUGUCCGAGUUACGACAACCUGCCCAGCGACUGCUACAUGGUGAAACCUCAGACAGGAUGCUGCUCGUCCCCGGUGUGCAAGAAGCCGGACGGCACCAUCAUCAACCCCAUCGUCAACCCUGGCGUUUACCCCGUGUUCGGCUCCUUCAGUGGCGGCUUCAGUGGCUUCCGACCAGGCUACAACGUGGGAUACGGCCAAACUAUCGGCGGCUCGUCAGCCGGGUGUGUAUACAAGGGCACUGUAUACCAGCAGGGGCAGAAGUGGGACGACGCCUGUGAUUACCGCUGUGAAUGUACCGAUGCCAAGACGAGGCAGUACAGAUGUAACCCAAUGUGCCCCUCAUACACGUCUCUGCCCGCCCCCUGCCGACUGAAACCGACCCAGGGGUGCUGUAAGGCCGUCGACUGUAGCGCCCAGGUCACAGCCUCCCCGUCCCCGUCAGCGGACCCGAACUGUAAGGACGUGAAACCCAACUGUGAGGUGUACGGCACCUACGCUUGCACGGGACAAUACGAGUCAUGGGCAAGAGUUAAUUGUGCAGCUUUCUGUGGACUGUGCCCCAAACCCACAGUGGCUACAGCAUGUGCUGACGUGCUGGACAACUGUGCCAAGUAUGGGGUCAGCUCCUGCAGCGGUCCCUAUGAGGCUUGGGCGGUCAAGAACUGCGCAAAGACUUGCAACAAGUGUCCGACUGGACAGGUUACGACGACGCCAGCUCCUGUACUUGUCGGAGCCUGCACCGACGUCCUCACCAACUGUCCCUCCUACGGCGCCCAGUCCUGCAAAGACCCGUACGAAACAUGGGCAAAGGCUAACUGCAAACGUACCUGUGGCUUCUGUCCCCACGAGCAAAUUGUCACCGGUCAGUCACUCAGCUCCACCAUAACGACGCUGACGGGAGUGCAGAUUUUGUUCGGAUCUGGUUCAUCACAAGGGUGGUUGAUCUUAAUGAAGGGCGUGGCAGGAGUCCCCGGAGACCUGUAUCAGUUGUGGUCUGGGUCGGGCACCUCCAACCAGUAUAACUCCAAGGCCAUGGACCUGACCAACAACUUCAAGGGUCACUACAAACCAGACUUCGCCAACCGAUGGAAUGAAUGCAAGUUUGACCAGAUUAAGCUGUCUAUCUACAAGAAUGGUGUGGAGAAAGCUAACAUCAUAUUCAACGCCACGGGUGCCACCAAGAACGACUGGAUGGACCCCAGCAGGAUAAUCUCCUCCACCUACGUCGACAUAAAAAACGCCGUUCAUGGCGUCUUCAGCCUCAAGGGCGAUGCCAACAGCGGUCGGGAAUUCUACGCCAGCAGCGAGUCUAAUGGUUGCGACGCCUAUGGGUGGAUGAUGAUAUCCACAAAGGGCAACUGCUUCUAUGAGAGACUAGCAGACAAACCAGCAUUCUACUACUCACCCACCGAAACAAGAUCUCACUGGGGAUUCACCAACCCCGGCGAGGGCGACGUCAUGACCAUCAGUGGCCAUGGGGGAAAAUGUGGAGGUUCGCAAACGGGAAAUCAAAACACUAACAAGUGUCUGUAUAAGGGCAAGAGCUACAAGACGGGAGACAACUGGCAGGAUGGCUGCACAUUCAACUGCACCUGCGUCGACGACACAAAAGCCUUCUACAGAUGCUCAGACUUAUGCCAAGCGUUCCCCAACCUCCCCCCUAACUGUAAGCUUGAGAAGCAGCCAGGACAGUGCUGUAGUACGCCUAUAUGUCACGAGGAUAAAGGUUCGUGUGUCUACAAGGGCCGCACAUACUCUGAGGGACAGACUUGGGACGACGGCUGCGACUACACGUGCACGUGUGUAGAUGGGACAAGGGCGUUCUACCAGUGCAAGACAAAGUGUUUGCAGUGGAAUCUUCCUGACCAGUGCCACCUGGACAGUGCCCCUGCGGGAAAAUGCUGUCCGAUACCUAAGUGCCCCACUGGCUUCGUCAUCAACUACCCCGUGGGGUACACAGAACAGUAAACGAACAGCCACCAGAGGCGCUUCAGACGCCAAAUGUAUUUUUUAUAUAAUAAAACAUGUUAUACAUGA